CAACGAAACACUUCUGAGAAUGGCUACACUUUACGCAAAUUGUGACACACACCGUGAACAGUCAGCAGUAGAGCUCUAUCCUGAAUACAUUUGGUUCUAAUCUGAGGAUUUUUGGAGGUUUAUAAAAGAUGGAUUUAUAUCGAUGAAGCUCCCGGUGUUUCGCACACCGGAUUUCAGGGAUCGGACGGGACCAGCAACACCACCCUGGAAUAUCUGCCUGUAUACGGAGAUGGAUGUUUUGCAUUGUAAAUAAUGAACCCUCUGUUAUGGAGCAACCUGCAGACUGAACAUAAACAGCUUAUCAUGAAUCACGUCAAGUAUCCGAAAGGGCCGGAAUCUCUUUUGCAUCGGCAGGACUCAUUGGGUUUGAAUGGUCUCUUGACUUCACCUAAAGUUUUGUAUUGUGAGAAAUGCGGAUUUGCCUCUACACAGACUGAAGAUUUUGAGAAUCACAUGCGGGAGCAUGGUACUCCCUUUUACUGCUUUUACUGCAAUCACGUCUCCUACAGUAAGAAGGAGCUGGAGAUUCAUUUGCUACAGCACAAGUUCCCGUUCAGAUGCCAGUUCUGUGGACAAGGGUAUAUGAGGAGGGCGCACCUAUUGAAACACGUUGAGCGCUUGCACAGUAAAGAUGCUGGCCCAGAGUUAAACCAUGCUCAGACGACCUUACCAGAGACACUUUCUCUCUCGACUGCGUUUGCGCCUGGCGUUCAUAGAACUAGCGUGCCCACUGUAAAGGUUAGAAUACCAGUCCCUGUUGCGAGAAAUGACCACGGCAACAAAGGCAGACAGCACCGCAGAAGGGUAGACUUGAACGUUAUCCACGCCCCCAAACUGAGCUCAGAGCUAAUGUCACCAGGGAAAAACUUUGUUCAGCAUAAUAUGGCUCUAACGGUCCCACUUCCAGAAGAAGUCUCCAUCCCUGCCGGCUGCAUGGUGGAGCUGAUUGAGGUGAAGACCGUCAACGGUACAAAGGAAUUGAAGCUGAGACUUGUGUCUCAACAAGAAAAUAAAUCUGUGCUGGACGACACAGUGUUACCACAUUCCGCAUCAGUGAACCCCUUGUCAUCCGCUGUGAACCAUCAACACCUCCAAAAGUUGGGUAAUGUGGAGAAAAGCAGCGUUAACCGUAGAAUAUACACGGCAAAGGACGUUCAUGUAGAACGACCGGCCACCUAUCGGACUAUUGCAGCCCAAACCGCCCUGAACACAUUCCAGAGAGGCAUGUCUGGUACAAAAAGAACACUGAAAGAGUCGCUGAUCCGCAAUGUGGAUAUCCCCUACGCUUUACCAACCAAGGUGCCCAGAAUCACUGUUUAUCCAACAAGGCAGGACGUGGAUGCACCCAUAACGCAGACGGUCACACUGAAACCUCGCACAGAAUACCCUACACCGGUCAUCACUGGCUGGGUGGCCAAGGAGAUCCGCAGCGCUGCCAUUCAGGCAAGCAAGGGAACACUGUCGUCCUGUAAACCGACACACCGGGAAAACAACACAGUCGUGGAAUGUACCGCAUUCCCCCCUGAGUUACAGGUGGCUGUGAAAGAGGAGCCCAACGAUCUCGGUAACAAGACAACAGCUACUCCCGAGAUAAAGGAAGAACCACUGAAGCGGAAUGACCAAACAAGACGAAACACAACGUCUCCUUCCAUUUCCUCGAGCGUUUCCACCACUGCCCUAGCCAGCACAACCACGCAAAUCUUCUCGGAGUGCAAAAGGGAAAAUGUGGCCGUGGAUUCGACUAUACUGAUGACCAUGCUGAAGAGACCUGGAAGCCUUCUGCUUGAUCCUGAGUCCACCAAACAAACCAAGAUGGAGGAUAAUUUAUCUCCCCAUAAGUCCUCCAUUUGGUCAGCGUCGGGGGCAGGUUGUAAUAGGCGUUUUGAGGCCUUUCCUGUUAUCUCAUCCGUUUUUUCUUUAAGUCAACAGCAGGACGAGGUACAGAGUUCAAUACGACCCUUGGUCAAGGAAUUGCGUGGAAUAGUUAUGAGGAAGGAGAGCCCGUCAGUGCAGGUGUCUACAGAUCGCACUGAAAUAAGAGGGGCAAUUACUGAACCCAAAGAGGAGGUGGAGUCAACUAUUCACUGUGUGCCAGAGGACAAAAAGGAUAAUGCUGGUACCGGAAAAGGAUUACUAACCGAAGGCUCCUGUGAUGUCACAAGUCCACCUUCGAAACAUUGUUCUCAACAGACUCAAACACAAGCUAAGACAUAUUAUGUCAAGGAAGAAACCUCCAGCACUAAAGGGAAAGACGGUAACCAAAAUAAUCAAAUUCCCACCACCCAACGUGAGCCCUUGACGGCUCAACAGCAAGCCUGCAUCAACAACACGCCUAAUAUUUCUCCUGUUGCUGGAGACGGUCAAGGUCACUUGCCACAAUCUGCCUUCAGGAGGGAGGACAGCUCCUCAAAAUUCCUCACCGUCUCUUUAGAAAGGAUGCAGAUGGACUUCUGGACAAAAAAGAUCCCUAAGCUUUCAAAAACGAGGAUUCCCUCUCCCGUGCGGGGGCUGUGCCACAAAGCUUUUCUUUACCCAGCCCCGUUGAGACUGGGCCAGCCGGUGAUACGUCCGGGACCGAACCAACCGGUCGUAGUGCUGAACCACCCCAAACCCAUAGUCCCCAAAAGGACUGAGGUGGACCACCUUUCAGAACCACCCGUCUCCAGCGAGGUGCUUCCCAAGUGCCAGAUCCUGAAGAUGCGGUUGAGCAAAGUGAUGGGAGAGAAGUACGAGGUCAUUGGGUGCACUGUAGGGUUUUUUCCCUGAGGUUGUUUUUGCACAAAGCAAUAUGAAUAACAUACUGAAAGUUGAGCUACAUUCAAAUAAUCCCAAUUGUACAAUAGCAUCCGUGAAAGGAAAGUUGAACAUUGUUUCUUUGGGCGUGGGAAUAUGGUAUGUAUAUACAUUUGUGUAUAUAGUGCAAUGCUGUCUCC